CAUCGUAACCUUUAUUAAUUUUCCGCAUCAUCGUCAUCAUCAUUAUCGUCGUCCGUCCACCUUCGCCUUUUCGCCGCUCUGUCACAGAUAGAGAUACAUACAUACAUACAUACAUACAGACAUACAUACAAAGAAAGCGAAAACACUUUGCAUCUGCCAUUACUGCCACUGCAAAUCUGCUAUCGAUAUUACUACUUUCGAUUUCUAUAAAAUUACACAAUCAACCUUGUCUUCUUUCCAUUUCCGUUUCUUCUUUCUUCUCUACUUCUUCCGCCUGCUGUCUUCUCACUUCUUCAAAUUACAAUUGAACUCUCUGAUCCGACGGCUUCGAUCUCCCUCAGUCGCACUGCUGGGGAUCCAUUGCCCCAACACACGUAGCUUGCAGGUUGUCUCUUAAUUACAUGCCAUGAUGGAGCCGAAUGGCCAUAGGAGGCUGAGGCGAAAGGAUUAUAAUGUCAAUCAAAAUGGUGGUGUCCACCAAUCAAGUAUUGAUGACGAAUUUGAUCCAUGGACUGCAUGGGCAUAUAAACCUCAUACCAUUUCAUUGUUACUAAUUGGUGCUUGUUUUCUCAUUUGGGCAAGUGGUGCGCUUGACCCAGAAAGCGGUGCUUCAGGUGAUAUUAUAACAUCGGUAAAAAGGGGUGUACUGGCAAUGGUUGCUGUCUUUCUUGCAUAUUGUUUGCUGCAGGCUCCAUCAACGAUCCUUAUUAGGCCUCAUCCUGCACUUUGGCGGUUGGUUCAUGGGAUGGCUGUUGCUUACCUUGUAUCCCUCACAUUUUUGCUUUUCCAAAAGCGUGAUAAUGCUCGACAAUUUAUGAAGUUUCUACAUCCUGAUCUUGGUGUUGAGCUCCCAGAAAGGUCAUAUGGUGCUGAUUGCCGGAUUUAUGUGCCUGAAAGUCCUACAAACAGGUUUAAGAAUGUUUAUGACACACUUUUUGAUGAAUUUGUUUUAGCUCAUAUCUUUGGGUGGUGGGGUAAGGCUAUACUAAUUCGUAAUCAACCCCUUCUGUGGGUGCUAUCAAUUGGAUUUGAGCUGUUGGAGUUCACCUUUCGGCACAUGUUACCCAACUUUAAUGAAUGCUGGUGGGACAGUAUAAUUCUUGAUAUUCUGGUUUGCAAUUGGUUUGGUAUCUGGGCGGGCAUGCAUACUGUCAGGUAUUUUGAUGGGAAAACGUAUGAGUGGGUUGGAAUAAGCCGCCAGCCCAAUAUUAUAGGCAAAGUCAAACGAACAUUGGGACAAUUUACACCUGCACAAUGGGAUAAAGACGAGUGGCAACCCUUGCUUGGUCCAUGGCGUUUCCUUCAAGUUAUAAGUCUUUGCAUUGUUUUCAUGACAGUCGAGCUGAACACAUUUUUCCUCAAGUUCUCUCUGUGGAUUCCUCCUCGAAACCCUUUAAUCAUAUAUAGGUUGAUAUUGUGGUGGUUGAUUGCAAUUCCCACAACUCGCGAGUACAACUCAUACCUCCAAGACAGAAAACCAGUGAAAAAGGUCGGAGCAUUUUGCUGGCUGUCCCUUGCUAUAUGCAUUAUUGAACUACUCAUUUGCAUCAAGUUUGGACAUGGUCUCUAUCCUAACCCAAUGCCAAUGUGGCUGCUGAUUUUUUGGAUAACCAUAGCGAUGGUCCUUGUGAUAUUCCUGGCAGUGUGGUCUUGGCAGCUGCAUAGGAAUUUGAUGAGAAAGAGACGAUAAUUUUGCAGUGUGGUACUCUAAUUCUUUUAUUCCUUUCUACUUUUACUGAGGCGUCCAUCAAUUUUGUAAAUACCUGUUACUUAAUGGAAUUGUAAAUGCUUAUUCGUUUAGAUCAGUGGAUCCAGUUCAUUUAGAGUGGUUAUUAGAAGGAAAAAUUAUCCCAAUAUUUAUGAUAAUGGGCUGUUUUGAGUCUA